AUGGUGCAUUUACUUCACUCAGUUAAAGCUCACAGUGAUAAGGUAUGGAGUGUAAGUGCACAUCCAACAUUACCGUUAUUGGCAACUGCUUCUACAGAUAAGUCAGUGAAGAUUUAUAAGCUUUCAUUGACACAAAAAUUCCCCCACAUUGCUGACUUGGAAGAUACACAUCGCCGAUCUGUACGAUCGGUUUCGUUUAAGCCGCCAAUGGGUGGCGUUGACUAUAAACUGAAUGUUUUAGAUUUACCUGCUCUAGCCGCUGGUUCAUUUGACUCUACGAUAUCGGUCUGGGGUAUUGACGAGCCCGAUGACGCAUAUGACAUUGAGGAAAUCAUCAACAACCAAAAGGAAAUACUUACAAACCCUUCCAAUGAAUGGAACUUGAUGGCUAUCAUAGAAGGGCACGAAAACGAAAUCAAGGCCGUUGACUGGAAUUUUAGUGGACGGUAUCUUGCCUCUUGUUCUCGAGAUAAAACCGUUUGGAUAUGGGAGACAGAUCCUGAGACAUUAGAAGAAUUUGAGUGCGUCUCGGUGUUGGCUGACCAUCUGCAAGAUGUAAAAAACGUCAGUUGGCAUCCAACAAUGAAUCUUUUGGCGAGCUCUUCCUACGAUGACACGAUACGUAUAUACAAACAAGAAUUCGAUGACGAUGAAUGGGUUUGUGCGGGGGUCAUGGACGCGCAUGAAGGUACAGUUUGGUGCUCCAGGUUUGAGAACCCUAAAAGCCAAAUGGCUAAAGAGGGUAUAACCAGAUUGGUAUCUGCAAGUGAUGAUUUAACUGUGAGAGUUUGGUUUAGUAAAGACCAAGUUGAGCAGGUUGGAAAUGGAGAUGAAUCGAGCUUACCGAGCUCGAUAAGGCCAGAUAAUAAUGAAAUGGUAUGGGAGCAAGAAUGCAUACUUCCCGCAGCCCAUACUCACCCGAUAUACUCUGUGGCUUGGUCUGCAAGAACGGGGAAAAUAGCAUCAACAGGAUCAGAUGGGAAAAUAGUGGUAUACAAAGAAGAAAAAGAAAGGAAGGGGGAGCAAGAGGAGCAAGAGGAGGAGGAGAAGGAGGAGGAGGAGAAGGAGGAGGAGGAGAAGGAGGAGAAGGAGGAGGAGGAGAAGGAGGAGGAGCAAGAGGAGAAGGAGAAGGAGAAGGAAGAGAAGGAGGAGGAGGAGGAGAAGGGAAAAUGGCGAAUAGAUAGCGUAGUAGAAUCCGCUCACGGAGUGCAUGAAGUAAAUAGUAUUAUCUGGGCUGAGCUUGACCUGGGUGGAGAAGAAGUAUUAAUUUCAGCAGGAGACGAUGGAUACGUGAAUAUAUGGCAUGUUGAUUAA